AUGAGAUACUUUGCCAUCCUUUCGCUAUUGGUACUCUCCAGUUCUGUUCAAGCGAACCCUCCCAAGCCUUGUCCGACCAUCACCGAUACGGAGACUAGGAUUGAAUACUCUAACUCUUAUGCGCCUACCGUCACUUCGACUACGACUAGAAAGGUACCGAUCUGCUAUGAGACUGCAACUCAUAUCAAGACUAAGACCAAACACGUCGAUGAGACAGCUUGGGUCACCUCCACCGAACACAAGACCAAGACCGAAACCUACACCGCCAAACCAUACUGGACCACCACAGUAACUACCAAAGUCGUACCGACCUGUACCAAGUGGCACCACGGCGGUAAAGAUCGAUCUGUCGAAGGUCCCGCCGAAGCCGAGCUUGAAAAGCGAGAUGACACUUCUACCGAGAAGAAACCACCUCAUGCAUGGUGUCCACCCAAACCUCCUCAUGUGACUACCACCGUCACUACUACGGUAUGUAAGACUGAGACUCCGACCGCUUGGGCUACUACUACGGCUUGUAGAUGGACCAAGACCAAGGAGGAGGUUGUCCACACAGCGACUACCGUUACUGAUAUUCACACUGAAACCAAGACUAAACAUGGUCAUCCAGUCAUUACCACAGUUAGCAUUACUCCUACCAAAACCAAAACUCAAACUGUAACUUCCACCACGAUCACUGGAAGAUGUAAACCAACUCACAAGGAUCAUUAA